UUUCUCUAUAUAACCAGCCACUGUCGUCGAAGCAAACCGAGCAAACAAACAAGUGAUCGAGCAGGAGAUCCAGAUCCAGAUCAACUCUCGAUCCCCAGCGAUAUUCGAGGAUGUCGCUGUCGGAGCUGCAGGCGCGGGCGCGGUUCGUGCAGUCGUCGGCGGCGAGCGCCGGCGUGCACUUCGACGAGGAGCGGUGGCUGAGCCGGGUGCGGCGGAGCCUGGAGCGGGAGGCGGCGGAGGUGCUGGGCGCCGCGGCCAAGGUGUUCGACGUGCCGCGCGUGCUCAGGGCUACGCGGCCGGAGGCGUACCUCCCGCAGCACUUCGCGCUGGGGCCCUACCACUGCAACCGCCCCGAGCUGAGGGACAUGGAGCGCUACAAGCUCGCCGCCGCCAAGCGCGCCGAGAAGCUCUUCGCCGACGGCCGCAAGUUCGACGACCUCGUGCAGCGCCUGCUCCAGGCCCAGGAGCAGAUGAGGGCGCCAUACCACAGGUUCCUUGAGCUGAGCGACCAGACGUUGGCAUGGAUGAUGGCCAUCGACACGUGCUUCCUCCUCGACUUCCUCGAGAGCUACCACCGCGACGAGGUCACCGACAUGGUCUCCUCGGCGACCAACUGGAUCAACGCCACCGUGCGCGACGCCAUGAUGCUCGAGAACCAGCUCCCGCUCUUCCUCUUCUCCCAGGCCCUCGCGCUCCGCCACCCCACCGAGCAGGCCGCCGCCGGCGCGCUGCACGCCGUCCUCGACCGCUUCAUCAAGGAGGUGUCCCCGAUCAAGACGACCGCCGAGCUCGUCGUGGCCGACGUCGCCAGGCACGCGCACAUGCUCGAGCUCCUCUACCACUUCCUCGUCCCCGACGCGUCCGUCUUCGACGGGGACGGCGACCGGGAGCCGCCGCCGAUGGUGCCCGAGGAGUUCACCAUCGACAUGCUCGACCCUUCGCAGCAGCUCCCGGACUACGACAAGGUGAAGCAGGCGUGCGUGCAGGUGUCCAGCCUCGACGUGGCGCCGGUGCGGUUCCUCCGGAAGAACCUCAUCACCCGGCCGAUGAGCGUGGCGUCGAGCCUCCCGGGGAAGAUCAUGCGCAAGGUGCCGCUGCUGGCGGCGGUGGCGCCGCUGGUGACGAAGCUGAUGGCGUCCACCGACGUGGAGGCGCGGCUCAAGGGCGUGAACCUGGGCGGCAUCAUCAACUCGCCGCUGGCGCAGGAGAUCAUGAUCCCGUCGGUGUCGACGCUGGCGCGGUGGGGCGUCCGGUUCGCGCCGGCGCCCGAGGGCAUCGCCGGGAUCCGCUUCGACGCGGCGGCGGCGACGCUGAGCCUCCCGAUCAUCACGCUGGACGGAAACACGGAGGUGGUGCUGCGGAACCUGGUGGCGUACGAGGCCGUGGCCGUGCGCGGGCCGCUGGUGCUGGCGCGGUACACGGAGCUGAUGAACGGCAUCGUGGACACGCCCAGGGACGUGAGGAUCCUGCGGCAGAGCGGCGUGGUGGUGAACCACCUCAAGAGCGACAGGGAGGCCGCCGACAUGUGGAACGCCAUGUGCCGGGCCACGCGCCUCGGCAGGGUGCCCCGCCUCGACGCCGCCAUCCGGGAGGUGAACGCGCACCGGAGCCGGCGGGCGGCGGCGCGGGCGCAGAAGCUGCUCAGGAGGUACGUCUUCGGGUCGUGGAGGAUCCUGACGCUGCUCGCCGCCGUCGUGCUGCUGCUCAUGACGGCGUUGCAGACCUUCUGCUCCGUGUACCCGUGCAAGAGCUGGUUCGGGUCAGUGUUCAAGCUGCCGGUGCCAGCAGGUGGCGAGGGGCGGUAGCCUACUUUGUCGACGGUUUGCAGGAUUAUUGCAGGUGAAAAUCGCCGGUUACAUUGCAAAGUUUUCUGAAGUUUAUAGUCAAGCUAUCAUCACAUUUGUAGUAAGUGUACAUUUGGAUAAAUGUCGAAACUGGUUGAGAAAAUGGUACCUUGAAUGAAAAGAAAGAGUACAUUUGCAGUUGUCAUGUAAUUAAUUAGAUGGAUCUUUUGGCAUUGGUUGGGUCUCAUUUUAAAUUUUAGUAGUUUAUAAUUGGUUAAAA